AUGGGCCAUGUGGAGAAAAUCGAUAAAACUAUUAUUAUAAAUAGUGAACUAAAAAAUAUGUGGAACACACUUCUUACGCAAGGGUUAGACGAAAAAUCAAUUGAUGAAAUUUUAAAAACAUUUCCAUUAAUUAAAGAUUGCCUUACGUUACCUCCAAACCUCAAUCCAGAAAUAAAGAUUACCCUGUCACCCCAGGCAUUAAAAAGAGAUGAACACAUUUGCCAUAAACAAAAUAUUAUUGGAUAUGUAAUCUGUGGCCUCACACAAAUAUUAACAAAAAUGUUGGAGAAGGACACAGAAAGUGACACAACAGAAUACAUAGGAAACUGCAUUAGACUAUUAUGUCAUGUACAUUACAAAGAGUCUCAGACUCGAAGAGCAGUCAUUUUACCUGGUGUAAAUAAAAAACUUAAGGAAACCUUAGAAAAAACACUGAUCACCAAUUAUUUAUUUGGAAAUGAUAUCACUAAUAUAUUAAAGGAAAACAAAAACUUAGAGAACUCUGCUAAGGACCUGAAGCCUUUAAACAAUUGGGGCCCGUCCUCGAACAGGAAGCAGGGCGGGCGAGACAAUACCAGACAAUACAACACCAGACAAGACAACACCAAGCGGCCAAAAAACAAGCCUUCGACAGUGAAGUAUACUAUGACGCAACGCCAUCAACAUCAACGACAACAAUUAAGAUCGUUGACAAGGCAUCCCUCCAGGACAACACAACCACAGCGGCAUCAUCGGGAAUAG